AUGCUUGAUACACGGAAACUUCCGAAACAAACAUUUCUUCGCGACAUCGAUGCAAUAAACUGUUACUAUGGAUAUAACUCCGACCUCGACUAUCUUAGUCGUAUUGUCCUCUCACCAGGAGACUUCUACUUCGGCGAGUACCUCACUCAAAGUACCUUAGACAUCGAGGGUCAUGCCUGUCAAGUCUCUAUGCAACAGCUGAUCGAUACUGGGUUAUUCGAGCUAUGCACGUUUUCGGAGUGGAGAAAGUGGGCCAAAGCAGUACUCGCUAUUCGUCGAGAUGCUUUUAUCACUGAGGAAACAGAUCAUGAACAGGUCCGGCUUGCUAUAUCGAUGGGCGUGGUGAACAUGGAACCCAGAUUUGCCUUCCCCUUCGCUGCAAUGUUACUGUCAUUACAUGCACGCGAUACCAAACAUGAGUCCAUUCGGGCUACAUUCCAUGCUAUGUUCACAGAAGAGGAACUGAACGCCGUCGAUAUAAUUUAUGAUGCAGACAUUUAUGAGACGAACAUUCGAAUGAAGGAGGUUGUGCAAUUUAAAAGGCUGGUGGAAGCUAUAAGAGAGAAGAAGUCAGCGGAUUCUGUAGAGCAGAUCUCAGAGACAUUCCAGAGGUUGUCGAUCCCCGAAGAGCUUCUAGGCGCUGCCCAGAAGAUCUGGAACGGCUAUUUCGCCCAUGCUCUUCACGAGGAGAAGUGGACUGGAUUGCAGCGUUGGCGUAUCGACAAGUUCUUCGGCGAGUUGACUUCUGCCUUUCGAUCGGUCUACGAAAUUCUUCUUGACCCCGACCGCCCCAUGACCUAUGAUGGCGAAGGCAGUGACCUGGCGAGCCCAGAGGUUACCCGGCAGCGCGGAAGCAUGUGUAUGAUGGUCAGUGCUGUCUAUUGCGUAGAACAUACCAUUGCUGAGAUCCCUCCCGAAGUGGCCGCCCUUUUUCCUGCUUUCUUCGCCGACUGUGCCAAAAUCGACAAACUGCGUAAGCAGCUUUGGCUGAUCGCCGAGUGCCGUAACACUCCGGUUCCAGGCGAGGGGCCGACGAGCAACCGCGACGAACUUCGCAUGAAACACAAAGAGGAACUUGUGACACUCCUGUUCGCCGCUCUAGACAACGACGCUUCUGCGCCCCAGGUCACCGACCGUACACCUGCCUAA